AUGCUUUUGCCCCGGUUGUUUAGCCUGGCAGCCCUUUCUGCAGGCCUGGCAGCUGCCGUAGAACUCACUGGCUAUGAGUAUGUUGUUGUCGGAUCGGGAGCCGGUGGGGGUCCGCUCGCUGCUCGCCUUGCUUUGGCAGGCCACAAGACCCUGCUGAUUGAGGCGGGAGACGACCAGGGCCUGAACACCAACUAUAGUGUGCCGGCAUAUUCCGCCAAGUCCUCUGAAGAUGGAGCGAUCGCCUGGAACUUCUUCGUCCGCCAUUAUGAAGACGAGCAGCGUCAGGCUCGCGAUUACAAGACGACCUACGUGACCCCGGAAGGCGACGAGUACACCGGCCUCAGCCCUCCCGAGGGCUCGACGAUGAAGGGCACUCUCUAUCCUCGCACUGGCACGCUUGGUGGCUGCACUGCUCAUAAUGCUCUCAUUACGGUUUACCCGCACGAAUCCGACUUCGAAUAUAUCUCGACCUUGACCGGCGAUGGCUCAUGGUCUCCUGACAACAUGCGCAUCUACUUCGAGCGCAUGGAGAACAACCACUAUCUGCUCCCUGGGCAGCCUGGCCAUGGGUAUGACGGCUGGUUGAGCGACGAGACCGCGCCUAUCAGCAUUGUGCUUGAGGAUCCUCAGCUUCUGAGCAUGCUCCUCGGCGGCGCCUUUGCCUUGGGCAACCACACCAAUGCCGUUUUCAACCUCGCAACCCUGCUGGCUGCGGAUGCGAACAAGGACUCCGAAUCGCGCGAUACAAACCCCGGAUACUACCAGAUUCCGAUUGCGACGGAUGGAGGCAAGCGUAAUGGCCCCCGCGACUUCCUUGUCGCUGUGCGCGAUGCCACGAAUCUCGACGGCUCCAAGAAGUACCCGCUGGAUAUCCGCACCAACUGCCAUGCCACCAAGGUUACCUUUGACAACUCGACCAACCCGCCGCGUGCUACUGGUGUUGAAUUCUUGGACGGCAAGUAUCUCUACCGUGCCAGCCCUCGCUCGGAUACCGCUGAAAAGGGUACCCCUGGCACUGCUACUGCCUCGCGGGAAGUCAUCGUUGCUGGCGGAGUCUACAACUCCCCGCAGCUGCUGAAGCUGAGUGGUAUCGGGCCCGCAGAUGAGCUCCGCAAGCAUGGUAUCGAAGUGGUCAAGGAUCUGCCCGGGGUGGGCACCAACCUUCAAGACCACUAUGAAACCGUCGUCCAGGGCCAUGUCCCCACUGAUUUUUCGGCGCUGAAGGGCUGCACUUUCCAAGUUGACGGCGAGGAGGACCCCUGCCUGACUCGCUGGGACAACCCUGUACUCGGGAACCGUGGCAUCUACUCCUCAGCCGGAUUUGCUAGCACCAUGUUCUACAAGAGCUCGGUGACUGCAGAUGACAGCUACGAUGCGUUCGUGUUUGGUGGGCCCAUCAACUUCCGCGGCUAUUACCCAGACUACAGUAUUAACAUUACUGCGCGCCAUGACUGGUUCUCCUGGGCUAUUCUCAAGGCUCACCCUCGUAACACUGCCGGGUCUGUAACUCUCCGCUCUGCCGACCCUCUCGAUAUGCCGGAGAUUGUCUUCAACUACUUCGACACUGGCAGCGGUGACUACAUGGCAGAUCUACAGGCUAUUACCGAGGCUAUCGGGCUGGCCCGCGACGCGUUCGAUCGCCAGCUGGUGGAUGUGUCCGAAGUGCUUCCUGGCAAGAACGUCACUUCGACUGAGGAUAUCCAUAAUUAUAUCAUGGACACUGCUUGGGGCCACCACGCCUCAUGCACUUGUCCUAUCGGCGCGGAUGAUGAUCCGAUGGCCGUCCUGGAUUCGAAGUUCCGUGUGCGUGGGGUGAGCGGUCUCCGUGUUGUUGAUGCGUCGGUCUAUCCUCGCAUCCCGGGAACUUUCACUGCUGUUUCGACCUACAUGGUGGCCGAGAAGGCGGCAGAGGACAUCGUGAAUGAUGCCAAGUCCAACUAG